GGCUUUUUGCUCUCUCGUUUUGGGUACCGGAAUCAUAAGGAGCCCCAAGCCACUUUCUUGGCCUUAUAUAGCGUGUUUCAAAAUUUCUUGGCAGUUAACGAGGAGGAACCGUAGCCAGAAGUAUAAAGACUGAAUCCUGGUCCAGUCCAGAGGCUGCACAGACAUCCACAUGAGGCACACAUAUACACAGAAUCAAGUUCAGUAGCUCUCUGGCACGCGUUUGGGAUUACUGCUGUUGUUUUGAGCGAGAGGGCCGACGAAGGAGGAGGAGGAAAGAGUCUGUAUUUGGUACUCCCUCUCUUGCACUCUUUCUCUCCCAGAGGGGGGUCUGAAGGAAGCUAGAAUGCAGAGGUAGAAACAAGGCAGAGGGGGAGAGAAGAGAGAGUGUGAGAAAAAGUGGCACUGGUGCACAGGUCACCACAUCAUGUCAAACGACUACCAGCUAUGAGCCGCCUCCCACUCCUCAGCUGCCAUUAAAGCAUGUAGAUACACCGGGAUCUACGAGGUCUUGCAAGAGUGUGGAGAUAAGGCGAAAGCAGUCGAGGAGUCAGAGUGUGGUUCAGGCCAUGGAGGAGAACUAUGAGGUCGACUUGGUCUACAUCACAGAGAGGAUCAUCUCUGUCUGUUUCCCCGCCAGCGCUGAGGAGCGCAGCUACAUCGCACACCUCAAGGAGGUGGCGACGAUGCUGAGGUCCAAACACGGCGAGCAUUAUCUGAUGCUAAACCUCAGUGAGUGGAGGAGCGACAUAACAAAGUUGAACCACAAGGUUCUUGAGUUUGGAUGGCCAGACCAUCAUGCACCAGCGCUGGACAAGAUCUGCAGUAUGUGCAAGGCUAUCGACACGUGGCUCAAUGGAGACCCACGUAAUGUAGUGGUUCUACACAACAAGGGGAACAGAGGUCGAACGGGGGUGGUCGUGGCUGCGUACAUGCACUACAGCAACAUAUCUGCAAGUGCUGACCAGGCGUUGGACAGGUUUGCCAUGAGGCGAUUCUAUGAGGACAAAGCACUUCCUGUGGGUCAGCCGUCACAAAAAAGGUAUGUGCGAUACUUCAACGGCCUCCUCUCUGGACACAUAAAAAUCAACAACAAGCCUCUGUUCCUGCAUCACGUCAUAAUGCACGGCAUUCCUAAUUUUGAGUCCAGAGGAGGCUGCCGUCCUUUCCUUAAGAUCUACCAGGCAAUGCAGCCAGUCUACACAUCAGGAAUAUACAAUGUGCAAGGAGACAGCAACACAAGUAUCUGCAUCACAAUUGAACCGGGCCUGCUUCUGAAGGGAGACAUCUUGCUCAAGUGUUACCACAAACGGUUCAGGAACCCGGCCAGAGACGUGGUGUUCAGGGUGCAGUUCCACACGUGCGCCAUCCACGACCUCGGGGUUGUUUUCGGGAAGAGCGAGCUCGACGACACAUUUAAAGAUGAGAGGUUUCCAGAAUAUGGGAAGGUGGAGUUUGUUUUCUCAUAUGGACCUGAAAAAAUCAAAGGCCUCAGCCACCUGGAGAACGGCCCCAGCGUCUCCGUGGACUACAACACCCAGGACCACCUGAUCCGCUGGGAUUCUUAUGAGAACUUUGAACAUCGCUGUGAGGACGCUGCAGACGGCGAGCACGAUGCUGGUCAUACCCAAGGUCCACUUGAUGGAAGCCUAUAUGCCCGAGUCCGCAAGAAAGACUCCCUGGAGGGAGUUGUCACCAUCAACGGCCUCCCAGUCCAUGAAAACGCCUUGACAAAUGCAGAGAACCCUCUACAGCACCCCAGCCAUCCCCUCCAAACCACUGAGCACACUCUCCCUGUGACAGGCCACGCCUCCCUCCCUGCCGUCGACCACACUCUUUCCGUAAGCAGCGACUCAGGGAACUCUACCGCAUCCAUCAAGACUGAUCGUACAGACGAGCACAGCCAGUCUUUGCAGAGCGCUGCAAACCACAACAACCAGACAGCAACCCACCCGUCGCUCAGCCCCCAGGAGAAAAGAGAGCUCGAUCAGCUUCUCAGUGGCCUAGAGGCACCAACACAACGCCAAGCCUACCUGUCCACGUCUACGAGUCCAGGAGGAGGGGUGAGGCACCUGGUUCCAGCGCAAGUGCAUGUCAACGGAGGCCACACGAGGAUCGCUGGAGCCCCUUUAACAGACGAACGAGAGACAGAUAUCCUCGACGACGAACUACCAAAUAGCCAAGAGGGCAACAGUGUUGACAGCUUGGGCACUCUCUCAUCCCUAGAGGGUCAGGCAACACCAGGUGACUACUACCAAUCACAGACGCCAAGCAGCAGGCAGAACGACGGGCCUUACCUUGAGAGAGGCGUCCUUGGAGAAAAGUUAAGUGAGAUGCCUGUGCAUGGAGUAAGAACUCCCACAGCGAUGCAAGAGAGGUCUACAGACUCUGCAUCGCCACAGGGAGGCUACAACAACUACCAGAACGGAGGAGGGAUGUACCGGUCGCAGUCCUUUGGGAAUCCGCCAGCAGGCAGUCCUGAAACCAACCCUAAACUGAUGCCAAGAGCUCCAGAGCGGAGCACCAGUAGCAGGGAGGCUGUUCAAAGAGGUCUCAAUGCCUGGCACCAGUACAGCCUCCCAGAUGAUCCCUUUGGACCUCCUCUUCAGUCGACCCACAGCUUGCCCCACUUCCCAGCCUCACAACGGGAUAUUGAGCAGUCCAUUGAGGCUCUCAACAUGCUUAUGCUAGACCUGGACCCAAUCAACUCGCACAUGUCCAAGUCCCACAGUGCACCUCCUGGGGAGAACAGCUUGAACUCGUCCCAGGUGCCCUUCUCCCAAACCCUUGCCAGACCAUCAUACCAAGCGGACUCCGCCAUCCACGGAUACAACAACUCUGGACCUGUCAACAACUCCUUCAAUCAGCCAUUGCGGCCAACUGGAAGAGUCUCAGCAUUGCCUAACCAGAGCCCCGUUAUGGAGUCCCCGGUGUAUUCCAACCAGAGGUCCAACGCAGGCUACCAACACCAAAACACCACCCCGACGCACACCCCAGAACCUUACAUCCACACACGCCAAGCAGCCCACAACUACCCAACAGAACCGUCUUCUAAUUUCAACCAGCAGGCACAAGGGAAGCCUGCGAACUCGUACCCGGGUGGCGGGGUUUCCCAUUCGCCAGACCUGCGGGGUUCAUCUCCUUACCCGGGCUACAGUGCCUCUUCCUCCCCGCUCCCUGCACUCACCCCUCAGCCUAAGGAUACAUCCUCUACGUCCUUGCCAAGAGAACAAGAUGCAGAGGAGGAGACGCUGAACUUGGAGGGCCUGGUGGCUCAUCGAAUAGCCGAGUACAACGCUCGUAUCCGGGGCAUCAGUGAAAGCAUGACACCGCAACAAUCUGACCGCCAUCGCUCCUAUUCCUUCUCUGGCGUUCGCUCCCGAGGAAUGACCCCUGAAGUGACGCAGGAAACAGGACGGCGUCGGACCACCAGUGAGGGGCAGUACCAGAGCCCUACACCGCCAGUAGAUUCACCAGACUUCGCCCAAAAUUUGGCUCUCAACCCAGGAGGAAGACCAAGAGAGGGUCCCAUGCAUAGUUACCGUGAGGCAUUUGAGGAUGCGAAUGAGGCGGACCGCUUUGCCAACAGCCCCACUUUCAGAGGCGGUGGUGAGAUUUCCCCUCAGACCCCCAGCUUUCCCGUGUCGCCACAGACUCCUUACUUCAACAUGUCUCGUUCUCCUCCUGGUUUGGCCAAGACUCCUCUGUCAGCACUUGGACUGAAGCCUCAUCAGGGUGGAUCAGACUCUGAAUCUAAUGACGGAGAUCAAGAUAACCGUAACUUUGGUGACUCCAGGGUCCAGCAGUUCAACGCUCCCCUCUCCUCCAGUAGCCCUGUCAACAGCACUGAUGGAAGGAGAAUUGGUUCCUCAGAUAGCCCUGCCCCCUCCCACCCUCACAGACUCGACUCCCCUGAAGGCUCCCAGGUCAACAUCAUGGGCGUCCACACUGUCCCCGGCAGCCCCAACACCCUCCACCGCACCGUGGCCACCAAUACGCCACCCAGCCCCGCCCUCCAGAGACGCCUAGGCCAAGCCAGCCCCUCACUGACCAGACACGCUCCUCCUGUUGCUGGCGCCAUCCCCUCCAGCCCUCUGAUCGGCCGGAAAGCAGCAGCAACAGCCGCCGCUGUGCCUCCUAGCCCUCUGAUGGGUCGCCGCAUGGCACCCAGCGGCCAUGCCACGCCUGACGAGAUGGGUGCCGCUUCGAGACAAGGGAGCGCCCAACCACCUGCAACACCCGCCUUCCCCGUGUCACCGCAGCUGCCGGAGAAGAGACACAUGUCAAGUGGCGACGCAGAAAGGACAGAUAACAAGAAUCUAACGCCUACGCCUGCAAGCGGAGGAAGCACACCAAAUCUCUCCAGCUCUCACACGCAGCCAGACGUCUCGAAGUCCAUUUAUGAUGGUUAUCCAGACAUUAAGAUGAAUGUGAAGUUUGUCCAGGAUACGUCAAAGUUCUGGUACAAGCCGGAUAUCUCCAGAGAGCAAGCCAUCAAUCUGUUAAAGGACAGAGAGCCUGGGGCAUUCAUCAUUAGGGACAGCCACUCCUUCCGUGGAGCAUACGGCCUCGCCAUGAAGGUGGCCUGCCCACCGCCAACAGUCCAGCAAAACAAGAAAGUUGGUGACAUGACGAACGAGCUGGUAAGGCACUUUCUCAUCGAGACGAGUGCCAAAGGCGUCCGACUGAAGGGAUGUCCCAAUGAGCCCUACUUCGGUUGUCUUUCUGCUCUGGUGUACCAACACUCCAUGACUCCUCUGGCUCUGCCCUGCAAGCUCAUGAUCCCCACCAAAGAUCCGAAUGAAGAGGCAUUGGAACUUGCCACCCCCACUGAUCCUGUCGUUGAACUUCUAAAGCAAGGAGCAGUCCAGAAAGUUCCUGAAGACGCUCAUGCGUGCAACGUCCUCUACAUCAACUCAGUGGACAUGGAGUCUCUCACGGGGCCUCAAGCUGUCGCCAAGGCUAUCACUCAGACCCUGUCCACCAACCCGCUGCCCGCUGCGACCACCGUCCACUUCAAAGUGUCCUCGCAGGGCAUCACACUCACAGACAGCCAGAGGAAACUUUUCUUCAGGCGACAUUACCCCAUCAACACGGUGACCUACUGUGACAUUGAUCCCCAAGACAGAAAAUGGGGUAAAGAGGGAGGAGGCUCAGUGAGGCUUUUUGGAUUUGUGGCGAGAAAACAAGGAAGCACAACAGACAACGUUAGCCACCUGUUUGCCGAGCUGGACCCCGACCAGCCAGCCUCUGCCAUCGUCAGCUUCAUCUCCAAAAUAAUGAAGCGGUGAAACCCCCUGAGAUGUGCAAAUGGCGUUGGCCAUUUUUUGAAAUCCUCCUUCCUUCCUUCGUCGUUCGUUGGUGUUUUCUUCGCCAGGACUCGAUGAUGUCCUUUUUGUUUCUGUUUCCUGUUUUUUCCCCUUCUCUCUCUCUUUUUCGUCUCUCUGCCUUGCUGGUUUGUCUUGACUUUUUUGGAAGUGGAAAUGAAGCGCUAGUGGACGUGCCAGGUGGAGCUGCGAACGUGACAAACAUGAAGGCAACCGAAGGGAGAAAAUUAACUCACAGGGCAACCUGUAAUAGAAGAAAAAAGCUAGCUAAAGUACUUAGAGAGGCGAAGCUAAGUGCAGUCAGGAAACGCGUAAGGACUUGUACGUUUCAGGGUUUUCUGUUGUCGUUUUUCGUCGAUUGAUUUACCAAAGGUAGUCGCAACACAAGUGCAAGAAUGAUGUAGCUAUUAAGCCAUUUUUAUUUCCUCUUUUAAAAGAUGAAGUGUCGACAAAACAAAGGAAAAAAAAAAGAACUCAUCUUCAGGAAAAAAGUGAGCCUUGACGGCUUUUAGCAAAAUCUGAAGACCUUAUGCAUGUUAGCUUGAUCUUUAAGCUCGGUUCUUCUACCUUCCACACAAAAAAAAAGAGAAAAAUCAUUGUGAAAACCUUUAGAGUGGUGAUUUCUGGGUCUGUUGUGUGUUUUGGAAAGGGCUCUGCAGUGAAACAACGACUGAUUUAAAACUGCGCACAGCAGACCGGACUGGGAAAAAAAAAAAGAAAACACGCCACGCUAAACGAAAAAAAAAAAUCACCGCACUUUGCAUCGGUCCAAGCCUGAAAUCUCUUGAAAGUGAAAUAUUGCAUCAACUUCAAAAUAAGAGGAAGACUUUGUCCACAAGAUGGCACCACUCACUCAGGCUUGGACCUUCCCCUCUUCCUCCUUUAGACUCCCAUCACCAACUGCUUGAAACACACUGGAAACCACCAGGGACUAACCCCACUCUGGACCUAUGCACUGUCUUCUUUAUGCAUGUUGUUGUCCCGAGACUUGCACCACCCCUCCUCUCUCUCCAUAGCCACAUUCACUGAAAACAUUCUAUGCUUUGUGCUAAAAAAGAAAACAACGUAAAAAACCUUAAGACACGUACACGGAAGUUGUACGACUUGUCGAAAGACUGCAUGAAUAGAAACAUUUUUGUACGUUAAAAGAAGAAGUAGACAAACCCAUUGUUGAAGUAGUGACAUGAUGGUGAGAUGCUAUAUUUUUCUUAUUUUUCUUUAAUUUUUUGGUCCAUUUGAGCCAGGGUUACCUUUCACUGUAACGAAGACAGUCCGAUUUUUUCAUUUUUCCGUCUCACAGUGUCGUCGAAAGUCACAUUUAGAUACUUUUAGGGCAAAAAAAGGAAAGGAGUUUCCACACUGUGCGCAAAUGCCUGCUUCUGAACACGCUCAACCAUCACAAUAAGCUAAGGAAAAAUUGAUAUUGAUAUAAAUGUACAUAGAUAUACUACUUUGAAAGGUGACAUAGCGAAAAAGUAUUUAUUUUUGUUGCUUUGGUCCCUCAUGAUUACUCAUAUAUACAUAUAUUGUACAGUCUAGAUAAAGAAGAUUACCUAAAUGGGUCGAGAAAAAAUAUAGACUUAUUUUGGCUAAAGAUUUCAAAGUCUGACGAUUUUGAAAUGUGUUUGAAUAUAUGGUGUACAUUACUUUGUACAUGUAUAUGUUUGUUUUUUUUUUGGCUCGUCAUGUUUUUGUUUUGUUUGCGUUCUCUCCGAACGAGGUAGGGCAUGAAUGCGAUAGACGAAAUUGCAUGGACUGACGCAUUUUUUCGACAGCAGAAAAAUGCGCCGUAGCUGGUAGAAACUCAAAGGUUAAGAUGACGAUUUUAGCAAAAGGGAAGAAAAAUUAAACCUCAAAUGCAAUAUGAAAACAGCUGUAUGCACCCAUGACAGUUACUUUUAUAAUUUUGCCAAAGAUUCAAACACUUUACAUCUAUGCCGACUGGCUGCAUGUUGCUUUUUAUGUUCCAUUUUUUUGUGUUUCACACGCAGCUUUUCAUAGCAAGAAGUUUAACCAGUCGGGACUCAUGGAUACCAGGUUAUUUGCCAUAAAUGUUACAAGGGGCCUUUUUAGAUUUACAUUUAUCUACAGGUGAUUUAUUUUUUCCUUUAAGUGUAAUGCUCUGAAAAAAGUGGCAAACAGGCCUGCUGGACAAACAAAUUUUCCAGUGAUAUCUAGCUGCAGACCAGGAGCACAAGUCCCCUAGUGUGACAAAAGCCAUUGAUGGCAGUGAUGUCAUGAUAAUUUAAAAAAACCUAUUUACAAUACAUUAGCUUCCCUCAGAAUAAAGCUAACAUUAACACACUCCGAUUUAGUCCAGCUGUAGCCCCUGGCAUGACAAAAGUCCCCUGAAAUAUUAAAGCAAUGUAAUGAGAAAAAAGUUUAAAACAUAUUUGAUAACCUAUUCUCCACCCCUAGGAACACAGCUGGCAUUAGCACACUCCAAUUAUAUCCAGCUCCAGGCUCAGAGCCCAAGCACCUGGUGUAAAAAAGAACCCUUGUUGUGACAAAAGUCCUGUGAUGCAACAAAAGUCCCCUGGUCAUACAUAAUCUCCCUGGUAUGAUUAAAGUCCCCUGUUAUGACAAAAGUCCCUUGGUGUGACAAAGGCCCUGAUUUGAUUUAAAGAAAAAAAAAAUCCCCUGGUGUGACAAAAGCUCCUUCAUAUGGCAGAAGCCCCCUUGUGCAACAAAAGUACACUGAUAGGCAAAAGCCCCCGGGUGCAAUUAAAGUCUCCUAGUAAAAUAAAAUACCCCUGACAUACAAAAGUCCCCCGGUGUAUAAAAAUUAUCUAGGGUAUUAAAGUCCCUUGGUGUACCUAAAGUCCCCUGGAAUGACAAAAGUCCCCCUGAGUGACAAAAGCCCUAAUUUGUGACAAAAGUCCGCUAGUAUGACACAAGUCCCCUGGUGCAACAAAAGCCCCCCUGGUUUGAUAAUGCCACCUGCCGGAAUAAAAUCCCCCUGGUUACAUAAAUUGUGCCUGUAAGGACAAAAGCCCUCUGGUAUGACUAAAGUCCUCUUGUAUGGAAAAUGUCCCUUGAUGCGAAAAAAGCUUCCUGGUAUGACAAAAGCCACCUUGUAUGAAAAAGUCCCCUGGUGCGACAAAAGCCCCCUUGGUUAGCAACAGAGAAACCAUACUGAAACACAGAAAAGCUAUAAAACAUCAUUUUCAGUGAUUAAAAAGCUUUAUUAAAAAUGAAUUUGUUUUUACUGUUUUAAAUUCUAAAACCUUGGUAGCUUGUUUCUAGCCCAACAACAAAGUAUGGGCUAGAAAAACUAUAAAUAAUAAAAUCCUGAUUUACAUAGUUGACUGGCUGUUGAGUGUGGGAGGACAGCAUAUUGACUUUUAGUUUAGUAAGCAGUAAAGAUGUCAAAAGCAGUCUGAAUCCAUAAAAAUAAUCAUCAUGUACGUCACUUCUGUCACGCCAGAGGCUUUGUCACAUCAGAAGCUUGUGCUCCUGGGCUGCAGCUACGUGCUACUUAGAAUCUGGAAGUGUAAUCAAAGCACUUAAAUUCACAAAAAUAAAGGAUGGCAAAUUCUGUAAAGCAGGUAAAGAUGGACACAUCUCACCUUUAUGCUAAGAGCUCCACAGCUGCAGCUUUUUUUCUUUGUCAGACUGCCAAAGGUGUCUUCUCUGACCCCGUUCGAAGUCGCAAUUUAUUUAUUCUUAUUUAUUCUUUUUAAUUUUUUCAAGGUUUCAUUGUCGCAUUAUCACGACGGUCAGUGUUAACGAAUGGAGGAAUGUAUGGUGGCGAUUCAUUCAAAGCAAAGAGGUACAAAACACAAAAAUCCACUAAAAAAAGUCAGAAAAAAAAAAAAAAAAUGCUGUAUGAAUUAAAAAAUAAACCCAAUUUUGUAUUGCACCUUUUUGUUCUGAGUCAAGCGUCACCUCUGUGAAAAAGACUUCUGUGACCCCGCUGUACACAUGAUGGGACUUAUUGUAUGAAUGUGCUUCUAUGGAUGUACAAAAAGGGUCUCAGAUUUUGUUUGCGCUUCUCAUUUACAUUAUAUUGUCAUGGCUUACCUGUUCCUAAGGAGAAAAAAAACAUUAAAGCAAUACAAAUCAGUUACAUUCAA